UGUACUAUGACUCCACUGGUUCCAGUGCCAAAGCCCUCUUACUCCCAGGCCAGGGAGAACCUGGUAAAGGCUAUUCCCCCUAAAAUCAUCUGCCUGCUGGCGUGUGGGGGGAGGGACUGCCGCUAUGAGGGUCCUGCAUGCUGGAGACCCAGCCAACAGGCCAUUAAGGGCCUUUUCUCCAGCUGGGUGACUGAUGACAUUGUUGCCAUGGCACGACCAUCUACCGAUCUCAUUAAAAGAUACAACAUAUUAGAACAGUUUAAAAAGUUAAAUAUUAAGUCCAUCAUUAAUAUGCAGCUCCCCGGGGAACAUGAUCACUGUGGCCCUGACCUGGAGCCGGACAGUGGUUUCACCUAUUCACCACAGAUCUUCAUGGAGAAUCAGAUUUACUUCUAUAACUUUGGCAUGACUGAUUUUGGCGUUUCAUCUAUGAUUGGGAUGCUGGACGCAGUGAAAGUCCUGGCCUUCUCUGUGGAGGAAGGCAAAGUGGCUGUGCACUGCCAUGCUGGACUGGGCAGAACAGGAGUGUUGAUUGCAUGCUACUUGAUCUACACAUUGAGAAUCAGUGCCAGCGAGGCCAUUCACUAUGUACGAAUCAAAAGGCCCCGGUCAAUUCAGACCCGUGCACAGAUCAAUUUGGUGUUUGACUUUGCCAGACUACUGGGCUCCCAGUUAGCACAGUAUCCAUGCCUGAGCAUGCGGCAUGGUGCAGCCUUCAGCCUGAGGCAGUAUCUCCAGCGCCAGGCCCUGCUGCUCCACGGGGAAGAGGCCCGCUCCCUCGCACACACCCCCAAGAUCCUGCAUAUUCUGUGCAGCUUGCUGACAGCCAUUGCACAGGGAACUCCCAGUCCUCCAGAAGUGCAAGUUCACCUAGAGAGGAAGGCGGCAAUUUUAGCGCUCCAGGGGGAUGUAAGGGACACGCUGGUGCUGCAUAGGUAUCUGCCUGUCCUGACGGAGGGAGAAGGCUCUGUCUCUUCAUGGGAUGAGCCUUUUGGAUUCUUAGAGCGGAAGAGGGCAGUCCUUCUGAACAAGCGCAGUUACAGCGAGUCAGACCUCAGCAAAGUUACACUGAAUAAGGAUUUUGGGUUCAUACAGUGCUCCACAUCAUUUACAGAUGAUGGCAAAGUCUGCAAUGGAACUAUUACUCAUUUAAGAGAACAGAGAUCAACAAAUCCUGCCAUCAACAUCUUGAUGAAGGAAUCCAGUAGUGCACCAGACAGAUACACACCAUCAAGUCCUCGCUUGUACGACAGCAGCACUGCUAAGAGGGCAAAGUCCACAAUGAAGAAAGCUCAACCUUUCCCAAAAUUCAGCUCCACUAUAGAGCUUUGCAAAAAUCAUGAAUCAGGAAAAGUAUCAUUAGCAUCGAGAAUGGUUGCUGAAGCAAUGGCUCAACAAGAUCCACCAGGAGACAAAAUACUGCAAAAGGCUGCACAAUUACAGGAUGAACUGAAUGUCAAUGCAUAUGGAUGGGCCAUGCUAGCCAUGGAGACAGACCCAAAAGUUCUGAGUACUCUGAUGUGGACGUGGUUUGAAAAACUAAAGGAUCCCAUUCUGAGUGCAGAUGACGUAGAUAAGCUAUGUACAAACACACCUGGUCAAAAUCCCCUUAAAACGCUGCACAAGUCUCAGCGUAGCACUGUGUGUUGUUUGCUGGGCUGUGUGGGUCAGGUGACGGCUCACUGUCCACAAACUGAAAAUGCCAUCCUGCAGAGGCUUAUACGAGCUCUGACCAGGCGCCCUCCAGAGGAGAUAGCGAGUUCUGGUGCUCUGCUGAAGGUGUUGAGAGCUACAGUGAGAGAGCUGCAGUGUGUUCGCCCAGCCACAGCGAGCCCUACAACCCACAAGAGCUCUUAA